AUGGCCAGGGGCUGGGACAGACCCACAGGCGUGACUAGCGCCGCCCCACUGCGCUUGCCCCUUUUCGCACAUUCCCAGUCCCGUUUUGACCCCUUGAAUCCCAUGGGGUUGCGUGCUUUUUCUGGGUCGUGUGACUCUUCUCUGUGGAUGGAAGUGAGGUUCACCGUACCCAAUAGCAUCUCUUCUCUGGGAACAUUGGAACCUCCAUUCCAGUUUCGCUUUCUCAAGGACGAGUGGUCGUCAGCCGGUUGGUUGCUGCUUCGGCCAUUAGACGGUGAUUCUUCGCGCAAGUACAUCGUCUCCCGCUCCUUGUAG